AUGUAUCAUCAGCUCACAAAGCCACGCCCAGUCAAUAUCUACACACACCUUCUCGGCUCCCUCCUUUUCUUCGCCCUCCCCUGGUACCUCUACACCCCCCGCGCCACCCUCGGCGAUAUCAUAGUCUUCAGUAUCUACUUCCUCGGUGUCGGAUUCUGCUUCUUCUUCUCCGCCAUGUACCAUACAAUCUCCAAUCACAGUCCCCGAUACCUCACCAUCGGUCUGCAGCUCGAUAUAAUCGGUAUCACACUGCUCAUGUGGGGUGCGUCCAUCCCGACCAUCUACUACGCCUUUCCCACCCUCGAAAACACCCGUAUCUUCUACUGGGCCCUCUCUACCGUCAUGAGCGCUAUCUGUAUCGGCUUCACUACAAAAACCGCAAACCGGGCUCCUGCUAUGAGGUCCUUUAGAGCUACGAUGUUUACGCUCCUGGGACUGAGCGCGGUAAUGCCAGUGAUGCAUAGCUGUUGGUUGCCCUCUGUAGGAGGCAGGUGCGAAGUUGUGCCUUUGGGUGGUGUUGCGGGGUUGAAUCUGAUUGGGGCAUUGGCGUAUGCGACUAGAUUCCCCGAGAGAUGGUUUAAGACGAGGUUUGAUAUUUGGGGCGCGAGCCAUCAGGUUCUGCAUGUGGCGGUGGUGCUGGCGGGAUUGGCGCAUCUGAAGGGCCUCAUUGAGGCGUUUGAGCAUGCUCGGGGUAUUAGUGUUCCAGAUAUGGCUGCAGCUACGCUUGCUUCCGCUCUCGACUUAGAUAUGGCUGCAUCUGUACUCGCUUCCCCUCUCGAGUAA